CCUUCGGUGCCCAGGAUCUCGCUUCCGAUCUCCGAUCAGAAUUUUGAAUGCUGAUAUGGGUUAAGAUUUGGCCCAAACAGAGCACAUGCUUAAAGAUGGAAGAAAGGAACCAUUUGUGAAAUACGUAGUAUGUGUCAGAUGCUUCCACAUAUGUUAUCUCAUUUAAUUCUCAACAACUCUGGAUGGUGGUGUUUACAGAUGAGGAAAGUGGUGCUCAGAGAGGGCAAGUAACUAACUCAAGAUCGUACGUCUGGUAAGUGGAGGAGCCACGUUUAAACCUGGGCUGGUCCAUUUCCAAAGCACGUACUCUUCUUGCUCCCUCAACUCUCUUACCUCUUCGGGUAGAAUUAGGGUGAGAUCAAGGGUGGUGGGAGAGAGAGGAGGUGAUCUCCGGAUGUGUCGGUGAGAAGAGUGAGACAUUUCCCUUCUAAGGAAAAAGGAGUUACUAUUAAGUAGUGAUUUAAAAAAGAAGGAAAUUUAGAGAGAAAAGUACUUGUACCUUUUACAGGUGUUUUCCAAUUAUGUAUCAUGUUGCUAUGAAUAGAAAUAACUAUUAAAUAGACUUAAUAUUUAUGCUAUUUUAAUGAAGUGUUCUAUUUUUAUAGAAAAAGCAUGCUUUAUUGUGUGCUAAAUACUCGGCCUUAUCAGUUAUCUUUCCCUGGGGAAGUUAAAUGGUUGGCCUGUCAAGGCUUUGUUUUUGCCCUUAAGGCUGCUAAAUAAAUGGUACUUGGAAGAAAACAAAAAUGGGCCCCUUUGGCUUUGCCCUUGUGGACCCAACCCUUAUGAAAUGAUGGCUGAUAUCACUUUUCACUUUCACCCUCUCUUCCUGCCAGAGGCUGACUCCUAUCUCACCCGGUUCGCCAUCCCUCAGACAUACAAUUACUCCGUUCUCCUUGUGGAUCCUGCUUCCCAUAUGCUUUAUGUCGGCGCCCGGGACACCAUCUUCGCUUUAUCCCUGCCCUUUUCAGGGGAGAGACCUCGCAGGAUUGACUGGAUGGUGCCAGAGGCCCACAGACAGAACUGUAGGAAGAAAGGCAAGAAGGAGGAAGAAUGUCACAAUUUUGUCCAGAUUCUCACCAUUGCCAAUGCCUCUCACCUCCUCAUUUGUGGCACCUUCGCUUUUGAUCCGAAGUGCGGGGUUAUUGAUGUGUCCAGUUUCCAGCAGGUUGAAAGACCUGAGAGUGGCCGGGGGAAAUGUCCUUUUGAGCCAGCUCAGCGGUCAGCAGCUGUAAUGGCUGGGGGCAUCCUCUACGUCGCCACUGUGAAAAACUACCUGGGGACGGAGCCGAUUAUCUCCCGGGCUGUGGGUCGUGCUGAGGACUGGAUUCGGACAGAGACUUUGCCAUCCUGGCUUAACGCCCCAGCCUUUGUUGCAGCAGUGGCCUUGAGCCCAGCCGAGUGGGGGGAUGAAGACGGAGACGAUGAAAUCUACUUCUUCUUCACGGAGAUUUCCGGAGCUUUUGAUUCAUACGAACACGUUAAGGUCCCGAGGGUGGCCCGUGUGUGUGCGGGGGACCUUGGGGGCCGGAAGACCCUCCAGCAGAGGUGGACGACCUUUCUGAAGGCCGACCUGCUGUGUCCAGGGCCUGAGCAUGGCCGGGCCUCCAGUGUCCUGCAGGACAUGGUCAUUCUUCGACCUGAGCAUGGAGCGGGGACGCCCAUCUUUUAUGGCGUCUUUUCCUCCCAGUGGGAAGGGGCUGCCAACUCUGCCGUCUGUUCCUUCCAACCACAAGACAUUCGGACGGUGCUGAACGGUCCCUUCAGAGAGCUUAAACACGACUGCAACAGGGGAUUGCCUGUUGUGGACAGUGAUGUACCCCAGCCCAGACCUGGAGAGUGCAUCACCAACAACAUGAAGCUCCAACAGUUUGGCUCGUCACUCUUCCUGCCUGACCGUGUGCUCACCUUCAUCCGGGACCACCCACUCAUGGACAGGCCAGUGUUUCCAGCUGAUGGCCAGCCCCUGCUGGUCACUACAGAUACAACCUACCUCAGAGUUGUGGCCCACAGGGUGCCCAGCCUCUCAGGGAAAGAAUAUGAUGUGCUCUAUCUGGGGACAGAGGAUGGACACCUCCACCGAGCAGUGCAAAUUGGAGCCCAGCUCAGUGUUCUUGAGGAUCUGGCCUUAUUCCCAGAGCCACAGCCAGUUGAGAAUAUGAAAUUGUUUCGAAGCUGGCUCCUGGUUGGCUCCCGUACUGAGGUCACACAAGUAAACACAACCAACUGUGGCCGUCUACAGAGCUGCUCAGAGUGCAUUCUGGCCCGAGACCCUGUCUGUGCCUGGAGCGUUCGGCUAGCUGCAUGUGUGGCCCACACUGGAGAGCAGGAAGGGCUGGUUCAAGACAUAGAGUCAGCGGAUGUCUCUUCUUUGUGUCCCAAAGAGCCUGGAGAACACCCAGUGGUGGUUGAAGUUCCUGUGGCUACAGCUGCACAUGUGGUCUUACCAUGUUCCCCGAGCUCAGCCUGGGCAUCCUGUGUGUGGCACCAGCCCAGCGGGGUAACUGCACUCACCCCCCGGCGGGAUGGGCUAGAAGUGCUGAUAUCCCCAGGGGCCAUGGGUGCUUAUGCCUGUGAAUGUCAGGAAGGUGGGGCAGCUCGUGUGGUAGCUGCUUACAGCUUGGUAUGGGGCAGCCAGCGGGGUGCUCCAAGCCGGGCUCACAUAGUGGGGGCUGGACUGGCAGGCUUCUUCCUGGGAGUUUUUGCAGCAUCCCUGACCCUCCUCCUGAUUGGGCGGCGUCAGCAGCGACAACGACAGAGGGAACUUCUGGCUAGAGACAAGGUGGGCUUGGACCUGGGGGUGCUACCAUCUGGGACCACAAGCUACAGCCAGGACCCUCCCUCUCCCUCUCCUGAAGAUGAGCGGCUGCCCCUGGCCCUGGCCAAGAGGGGCAGUGGCUUUGGUGGCUUCCCUCCACCCUUUCUGCUUGAUCCUUGCCCGAGCCCACCCCACAUUCGGUUAACUGGGGCUCCUCUAGCCACGUGUGAUGAAACAUCCAUCUAGGGCUGGGCAAACAACCACUAGUGCAUGAGUGACCACUGGAUGGAAUGACCAUUGGGACGCUGGGGGUCGAUGGUCAUGGAAGAUCGUCAUGGCCUCUGAGUUUUCUUUGGCUUUUGAAUGAUCACGUCGAAUUCCCUGUCUGCCUUUUCUGGGCCUGGAUGGGCUCAGGGCCAGGGCUUUGCCCGAUUCCCAUAAGAGAUCAGAAUUGCUCUUGCAGUGAAUCAGGGCUUUUCCUGCCCCUGCCCUCUCAACCCCUAUGACCCCUUCAGCCCACUGUCUUGGGCCCAUUCGUUUGGGGCUAGGCCCCAGGACAUCGCUGUGACUUUGCUUUCCGGUUGGGCCCUGGCCAGAAGGAGGAGCCGUGCAAGUGCUAGGGGGCUAAUGUGCACUGACUCCUUUUGCUGGUUCUCCCAGUUUAUCCGAUUCUCUGUGGAGAGUGCAUGAUUCCUAACCUGCAACAUGCAUCUCUGCCCUGAGAUCCACCCCAUCCCGGUUUUCCUUCUUCCAUGCAAGAGCAUGUGUACAUACACGGACGUUCAUAGGUGACCUGGACACAUGUGCAUGGAUGACUAGGCCGAUGCUCUGGUGUAUUCAUGGGAGGUUGAGAGGGUCAGGUUGGGAUGAGGGCAAUACCUACAGGACUUUAGACCCUGUAGCCAGUGAGGGAAUGGCUCUCCUUUCUAAAAGGAGAAAACCACUUCCCUGUCUCCAUCACCUCUCACAGCCCUUCUGUUGAGUAGAGAAAAACUCCCAAAGUGACCUUCUGGGUGGGAAAGGCAAUGGUACAUCUGACCCCAUCUUCCUCUUUGGUUUUGCCUCCUGGCCACCACCACUGCCAUGCACAGCUGCUCUUUCUCUGGCUAGAACCCUUUCCUUGGCUUCUAUUAAAACUUCACAACAUUCUAAAUAUCAGGGGAUGAAAAAAGUGGAACAAUCAUUGGAAAUACAAGCCGCACAAAGAUAGGUUUGUAUCAGUGACUUUAUGACUUUACUCAGGUUGAUACCCUUGCUCGAAAGCAGGAGUUCACCUGGGGUCCAUGGCCUCCCUGAAAUCACAUGCAAGAUGCUGUCUGUAUAUGUGUGUCUGUAUUUGUCUGGUGGUGGUGGGGCUUGGUUUGUGACUCUCAUUAGAUUUUCAAGCCUUAACAAAGUUAAAGGACCACUGCCCCAAGGUCACCACAUGUUGGCCAAGCUGAGGUGGUGCCAGGCAGGGGCAGCUCUUCCUGCCCUUUGGCCAGACCCUGGACUGGCAGCCGCUGGAUACCUUCUUGUUGCUCCAUUUCCUGGAAGGUGGGCUCUGUGCAGAUUUGGAGACACUGUCAGCUCUCACCAAAUUUAAAGACCUCUUCCUGCUUCACAACUCUCAGAUGCUCUAGGCUUCUCCUGCUCAGUUCCUGUCUUGGCCUGUGAAUGUGCCUCCUUCAUCCCUGCUGAGGGGCUCCCUUGAGCUCCAGUGAAUGGUCCAGCCUUUCCCAGUUGAAGUUUUCAGCUCUACUUUCCUUGGCAGCAGCCUGUGAACUACUCAAGAGUCCCCUUGGGUUUUGAAUUUUCAAUGGUUUUGCCAUUAAUAAGUGUAUGUUCCUCAGCAAGUAAUCUAACCUCGGAACUAUGGCUUACUCAUCUGUAAAGUGGGGAUAAUAAUACCUACCUCAGGGUUGCUGCAAGGAUUAAAUGAGAGAACGUGUAAACAAUAAAGCACUCUCUAUACCAGUAGAGGUUGUUAUUGUAAAAAUUGGCCUCUUCUGCCAUAAUCAUAUAGCUUAACCAUCUGGUAAGCAUGACACGUGAAGUCACUUUAAGCCUCAUUUGGUGGGAGGAGAGUCAUUGCCUCACACAGACAUCCUGUCCUGGGGCAUCUCUGGUGAGAUCUUGGCUGCCAGUGUCUAGGUUUGGGGAGGCAGGGGCUGUCAUUUUCAUAACCUUCAGAUGUCUUGGCGACCUUAUUGGUCUUUCUAUGUGGGAAUGGC